ACCUUGUUAUUUUUUCUCUCCGCAGCAAAACCGAGGUGGCCUCGAUGGCGUGGUCAGCAAACUCAUGCCUGGAGACAACCCUUUCUACAGCAACAUCGACAGCAUGCCGGACAUUCGACCCCGGAGGAAGUCCAUCCCGCUCGUCUCAGAACUGGUGCUUAAGACGAUGGCAGCGACCAAGAGGAACGCCGGGCUGACGUCUGCGGUGCCGAGAGCGUCCCUCAACGACGAGGAAUUGGUCCCUAAAAUGCACGUGUACAAGAAGACGCUGCAGGCGCUCAUCUACCCGAUCUCCUCGACGACGCCCCACAAGUUCCUUCCCUGGACGGCCACUUCGCCCACCUACUGCUACGAGUGCGAGGGCCUCCUGUGGGGCAUCGCGCGGCAGGGCGUCCGCUGCGUCGAGUGCGGGGUCAAGUGCCACGAGAAGUGCAAGGACCUGCUCAACGCGGACUGUCUGCAGACUGCUUACAACUUGGCCAAGCACGCACCCUGGUUGCCCAACGUCGAGCUAGUCCAAGUGCUUGUAGAGAGAGCGGCUGAGAAGAGCAGCAAGCAUGGCGCAGAGGACAAGACCAAUAACAUCAUAGCGGCCAUGAAGGAUCGCAUGAAAAAGAGAGAAAGGGAAACGCCGGAAAUAUUCGAGCUUAUAAGGGAUGUCUUCAACGUGGAGGACAAGAGCCACGUUGGCCACAUGAUGUCCGUGAACCAGUCGGUGCUUGACGGAACCAGCAAGUGGUCUGCUAAGAUUGCCAUCACAGUGAUCUGCGCGCAAGGCCUAAUCGCCAAGGACAAGAGCGGGACAUCUGACCCUUACGUGACCGUCCAGGUGGGGAAGACGAAGAAGCGAACCCACACCGUCCCUCAGGAGCUCAACCCCGUCUGGAAUGAGAAGUUCUACUUCGAGUGCCACAACUCCAGCGACAGGAUCAAGGUUCGCGUGUGGGAUGAGGACAACGACAUCAAGUCAAAGCUGCGACAGAAACUCACGAGGGAGAGCGAUGACUUCCUCGGCCAGACCAUCAUCGAGGUGCGCACCCUCUCAGGCGAGAUGGACGUGUGGUACAACUUGGAGAAGCGAACGGACAAGUCAGCGGUGUCGGGGGCCAUCAGACUGCACAUUUCCGUGGAGAUCAAGGGCGAGGAGAAGGUCGCGCCGUACCACGUGCAGUAUACUUGCCUGCACGAGAACCUGUUCCAUUACCUCUGCGAGCUGGAGGGCGGCGCCGUCAAGCUGCCCAAGGCCAAGGGCGACGACGCGUGGAAGGUCUACUUCGACGACCACGCGCAGGACAUCGUCGACGAGUUCGCCAUGAGAUACGGCAUCGAGAGCAUCUACCAGGCCAUGACGCACUUCCACUGCCUCUCCACGAAGUACCUGUGCCCAGGCGUGCCAGCCGUCAUGUCCACGCUGCUCGCCAACAUCAACGCCUUCUACGCCCAUACCACCGCGUCCUCUGCCGUCUCUGCCUCGGACAGAUUCGCGGCGUCCAACUUCGGCAAAGAGAAAUUCGUCAAGUUGCUGGACCAGCUGCACAACUCGCUGCGGAUCGACCUGUCCAUGUACCGCAACAACUUCCCCGCCAGCUCCAACGAGAAGCUGCAGGACCUCAAGUCAACGGUCGACCUCCUCACCUCCAUCACCUUCUUCAGAAUGAAAGUGCAAGAGCUGUCGUCUCCGCCCCGAGCCAGCGCGGUGGUCAAGGACUGCGCCAUCGCCUGCCUCAGGUCUACCUACCAGUUCCUCUUUGAGAACUGCUACGAGCUCUACAACAGAGAGUUCCAGGUGGACCCCCAGGAGAAGAAGGAGGCCGGAGAGCAGGGGCCGCGGCUGGAAAGCGUCGACUUCUGGCACAAGCUCAUCGCGCUCAUCGUGUCGGUCAUCGAGGAGGACAAGAAUAGCUACGCCCCCGUCCUCAACCAGUUCCCGCAGGAGCUCAACAUCGGCAACCUAUCUGCAUCCACCAUGUGGAGCAUGUUCGCUGUCGACAUCAAGUAUGCUUUGGAAGAGCAUGAGCAGCACCGACUAUGUAAGAGUAGCGAGUACAUGAAUCUGCACUUCAAGGUGAAGUGGCUGUACAAUAACUACGUGAAGGACGUGCCUCCAUAUAGAGACCAAGUGCCUGAGUACCCAGCGUGGUUCGAGCCGUUCGUCAUGCAGUGGCUGAACGAGAACGACGACGUGUCUCUCGAGUAUCUCAACGGUGCCUUCCAGAGAGACAAGAAGGACGAGUUCCCGCCAAGUUCCGAAAACUCCCUCUUCUCCAACUCCGUGGUGGACGUGUUCACGCAGCUCACGCAGUGCUUCGGCGUCGUGUCGAAACUCGAGUGUCCGGACCCCGAGAUCUGGAAGAGGUUCAUGAAGAGAUUCGCCAAGACGAUCGUCAAGGUCCUCCUGGCUUACGCCGACAUCACCAAGAAGGAGUUCCCCAACUACGUCACGGACGAGAAGAAGGCGUGUAUCUUGAUGAACAACAUCCAGCAGUUGAGAGUACAGUUGGAGAAGAUGUACGAGAAGAUGGGCGGAGAGAAGCUGGAGGAGGACGUCGCCACCAUCCUCAACGAGCUUCAGGCGUCCCUCAAUACUGUGCUCGACGAGCUUGCGCACAAGUUCGCCAAGAGCCUGGAGGUCCGCAUCGCCGUCAAGGUGAAGGAGAUGGGAGACAAGCUGGCGGCGGUGAAGGGCACGGGGCAGGUGCAGCCGUCGCAGCGCAACGCCGUCAUCGUGGAGGCUGACGACGUGUUGGUGCCCCUCAUGGAUCUUCUGGAGGACUCGUUGUCUCUAUACGCGCAGUCUUGUGAGAAGACGGUGCUCAAGCGACUCCUCAAGGAGCUGUGGAAGAUCGUCAUGACCACCAUGGAGAAGACCGUCGUCCUGCCGCCGAUGACUGACAAGGCUAUGAUGCUUAAGAACCUGACAGACAACGCUAAGAACUUGGCAGCGAACGCCAAGAUCGAAGACAUGUCAAGAUUGUUCAAGAACCAACUCGCGGGCGGCAAAGACGUGAAGAAUGCUGUCUCCAACAUCAUGGACAUCUCCAAGGACUUCGAGCGCAACCUGACGCCGAAGCAGUGCGCGGUGCUGGAGGCCGCCCUCGACACCAUCAAGCAGUACUUCCACGCCGGAGGAAAUGGCCUUAAGAAGAACUUCCUCGACAAGUCCCCCGAGCUGAAAUCGCUGAACUAUGCGCUGUCCUUGUACACGCAAACCACGGACACGCUCAUCAAGACCUUUGUCACCACACAGACCAAUCAAGUUCCCGCAAAUGAGAGUAAGUUCCCCGGUAAGGUCAAGAAAAGGAAAAAGGAGCAAGUGCCGGUGGAGGAGGACGAGGAAGAAGAAGAGCCAGAGGCCGAGGACGAUACUGACGAUCCUGUUAAGGCAAAGAGAGUCCGAAAGAAACUGAGUUUGAGCGAUAAGCGAGGCUCUACAGAGGAAGGCACCGUUGGCGAGAUCAGCGUACAAGUGGACCUGUACACGCACCCGGGCACUGGAGAACAGCGCAUCAACGUCAAAGUGGUGGCGGCGAACGACCUCCGGUGGCCAACGACGGCGGGCGGGAUGUUCCGACCGUUCGUGGAGGUGAACCUGAUCGGGCCGCACCUCGCCGACAAGAAGAGAAAGUUCGCCACGAAGUCCAAGUCGAACAGCUGGUCGCCCAAGUUCAACGAGAGUGUCCAGUUCUUGAUCGGCAGCGAGGAGGGGCCCGACAGCUUCGAGCUCCACAUCUGCAUCAAGGACUAUUGCUUCGCUCGCGAUGACCGGCUGGUGGGCGUGGCCGUACUCCAGCUCAGGGACAUCGUCGACCAGGGAUCGUGUGCCACGUGGCUGUCCCUGGGCAAGCGGUGCCACAUGGACGAGACGGGGUGGACGGUGCUGCGCAUCCUGAGCCAGCGCACCAACGACGAGGUGGCCAAGGAGUUCGUCAAGCUCAAGUCCGAAGUUCGAGGAGAACCACCCAUCACCCAGUAAAGCAGGAGGACAAACAGGAAAAGCGGCGACGGAGGAUGAGAAGACUGUGGGAGAAGAGGAGGAGGAGAAGGAGGGGAGGAAAGUGCGUGAAGACACUGGAGGUGAAACCUCGAAAAAAGGAGAGAGAGAGUGAGAGAGCGGGAGAGAGAGAGAGAGAGAGAGGGAGGGAGAGAAAGAAAAAAGUACACUGUUCCUCCUGAUGCUGUGGACGCGAUGUUGGUGGACAUCCUCGUUAUUUAGUGUUUAGUGUGUGUGUGAGUGAGGGUCGCGCCAGCCAGGGCCGAAGGAGCUCAAUGAGGGAGCUCCCCCCGGCAGGAGCCUCGCCCCCCCAUGCCCCUCGAAGCCCUGGCGAGGCGGACCUCAAUCGUCCAUGGAGACUCGAUCCAUGCGAAAGUCUGCGUGCAUGGCUGCUGAUGGGUCAUGAAGCACAAAUAUUGAAUUAGCGUAACUAAACAUUUGGGGUUAAUUGAUUAAUCUGGAUUAUUGUUGGGAUUUUACAUAUUGUAACUUUUUGUAUCAUCAGAACGAUUGUUAAUAGAUGUAUUGAGCCGGACCUCCCGCUGAUGUAGGCAGAACUGUUUAACGAUUACUUAUAGAUAAAACCAAAACCAAAAUGGGAUUUAAAAUACGAAACUUGAAAAUACAGUACGUUGCGGCCGUGCAGGACUAUGAGAGGAAAUGUCUGUGAUACAGUAUUGUGACUGAUUACCCUGGACUCAAUGUAUGGACCGUCAAGAAGGUAUAGUAGAUAAGUGCAGAGUUACAAAAUAAUAAUCCGUACAGAAGCUAUGUGUUCUCACUUCAAUGGAAUACAAGUUCUCUGCUCUUCCAAACCUUGUUUAAAAGUUUGUAAAAUAGUAUUUUCAGUCAUUUAAAGAUGAUGGUGUUCAUUCUGUAUAAUAUAUUACUGGUAAGAUGUACAACAUAUGCACCAGUGACAGUAAUAUAUAAUUAUUAUGGAAGUGCCCCAGUAGCUUCGAAGUGUCAGCGUGGCAAGCGCCGCCAUGCUGCUGUCCCAUUUUCUGUGCUGGUGUGAAAGAAAACGACUGAACCGAAGGGCUUACUUUCCCAUUUGCUGUUAAGUGGUCAUAGGGUAAGUCUGCUGUUUUGUGCUGCAUUACUCUUUACUUCUCUUUAAGCGAGAAAAAAGCGUUGAUAUUCUAAUUAAUCACGUGGUUUAAGUUGUGAGCACAAAUUCUUAUUUUUCUAUGUGAUCAUGGCACAUAUUAUCAAAAGGUGCACAUUCAUAUUUCGCCUUUGAUCAGAUUGAGUAAGCAAUCUAUAUUGUACAUAUCAUUUUACCCUUAGGUUAGUCUUUGUCUGUAAUUAUAUUCAUGAUUGGAUGACUGUUAAGUAUUUUCCCAAAUUUAUUUUAGCUGGUUCUAGUCCACAAGCGUCGGCCAUGGCGGGAGCAGGACGAGAUGUUCGUUCAUCAAACCCUCUAGUCUUUUAGCGGUGCAUUUAUUUGUCCCGAAACCCGCUUUAGUAAGCCACGGCCGCACACGUUGAUAGGGACGAUUUUCCUACUCACAACACGGAGAAAAUAGCCGUUAUCAGAAGAGGUGGAAAAGGCUCACUUUGACCGGUAGCGGGAUAUUUGUUGGUAGUUGAUGUUUACCGGCGUGUGUGUGCGUGUGUCAAGUCUGUUUCAUCUGGACUAUCAGUAUGUUUAUUAACAAAAAUAUAAAUAAAACGGGCACAUAUUGUACCUGUUUAUUAUUGGCAUGUUUGAACUUUUGCCGUGACAGGCGGAUUAGUGCAAUGGCUGACGGCUGUAAGUAUCCAGGAGUAUUUUGUACAAGAUUCACAGCCUUGGGAACCGCUGAUGUUACCUGAUCGCCGGUCCGGUGAAGCUGCGUGCAAGUGUAUUGUAAAUAGAACAAAACGUGAAAAUUACGAAAACAAAAACUAAAUUGAGGGAGUGGAAAUUUAAGACGAUGCUUGAUCAACAAACUCAUUUUCUAUAGACAUUGCCAUUUGUAUGCAUAACAGUGCUGGAUACGAAAUGUUUUCUUUCUCACACACACCAAAAAUUGCGAGGGUUUCUCUGGAAAUAGGAAUUGCUCGAGUACCAAACUGUAAAAAAACAGGAGCUAAAAAGAAGCCCACUUUGUAUAUAAACCAGUCAAAAUAACUUAAAGAUACUCCCAGCGACCAGCCUAUGAUGAUGGCAAACUUAAAAGACAAACGAGGAGCUCUUCUGAGCGGCGCCGCCUCCUCGACCGCUGGAGCUCGGCCUCCAGACACUUCAAGUCGGAGGGACGGAGACCGGCGGCGGCGGCUGCGGCGGAAGGGCGUCGCGAGGGGGGUCGUUGCAUGCCUGUGCGAGCAAGGAUCAGAUUCUUCCAGUUGUGUGUGUAUAUAGUCGCCCUUAUACCCAAGAAAACUACUUUCAUGCUAUACACUUCUGUUGUCCGGUCUUUUCCUCCAUAGCACACAGAUCAUGCCUGGGGAGCGACCUGCGGACCCAAGGGGAAACGCCCGUGGAAAAAGGGGAAAGCUCUCUCCAGCCUCGUUCCUUUCCUCCCUCUGUCCCUGGCUGCGUUUGUGGUUCAGUUCCUCGUCAUUCCGACACCACGCUGCAUCUGGUGGUGCGAGCGGGGCCGUACGAGCAUCCCCAGGCGUGUGACAUAACUUAUACCUAAAAAGAAAAAAAAAACUUGUAUUGUUACGUGUUGGCAUGCUGUUACCGACUCGAAGAGGCCAGGGGAUUCUUUCUACGACCUGAGGUGACCAAAAGAAAGGGAAAAAAGAAAAGAAGAGAAGAAGAAAAGGAAAGACGAAGCAGGUUCCAAGAAUCCUCUGUCCGCCUCUUUACCCUAGAUUUUUAUGAUCCCACCUAGUUAUCCCACGCAGCAUGAAUGGCAAGGUCAUCACUACAGGAUAUGUAAAGAGACCUCACAGGGAAGAUGUGCAGUCUCAGUUCAAAGCUUUUUGAGUCAUUACACCCAUCUAGAUGUAAAUAUGUCAUUUAUCAUCGUGAGUGCGAUAAAAAAUAAAAAUCAAGACCUAUUUGAUCCGUAUCACACCUCUCUUAGUCGGUGGCUAUGCCUUUAGUUCGCUCCCAUGGUGGUACCUUGCCCAUUUGUUGACUUCAACUAUGGGAGACCACGAUCCCAUUUUUGACAACUUGUGUGCCUUUCUGUACCAAUAAUAAGUCCCAGGGUGGAUCCACGAACUUUAGUUGUUUCCCCCUCACCAUAGACGCAGCUCCAACAUGGCGGUGGGUACGCGGACAGUGCGGGCGGUCACACACUAUCACACGACACCAUAAGGACACAAUACACCCCCGCGGCGCAAACACAUACAAACGCGCCACCGGGAAGGACACUUACCUCUAGGGAUACAUUUACAUGUGCUACUCAAACCACCAUACUUUUCUUCUUGGGGUACACUGUAAGACUGUCUGGGACAUACAUAAUUGUACAAUAUAUGGGGUGUAUAUACACACAUUUAUGACAAGGCAGCACACAUCUUCCAUUAGGGACACACGUCAUCAAAGUACGUAAAGUAAUACAAGCGUCAGCCACAUAUACAACUUGAAGGGCACUUUUAUUGGCACUCGAAUGGUGCACAUCCAAUACAAUUCAGGGACAAACACACAUUUAAACUAUUAGCAUAUGAACGUCAGUACACAUUCACUUCAGUAACAUAAACACCCUACGGUUUACACCAAUACAAUUCCAUACACACGCGUAUACACACAUAUUCCCUCUUUGGGCCUUACACACACGCACAUACGUCCCCACUUCGGGCCCUAUACAUACGCACACACACAUAGUCGGCCGCCACACACUGUGAGCCCGAGAGUCCUGUGAGUAACUUGAAGAAUACCAAGCGGUGCUCGCAGAGGCCUCUCGCGAAAGGAAAACCAGGCAGAACGGCAGGCGGUGUGAGAUGCUGCUCACAUAUAACGUGUUAAUCCUACUUGUAUCUGUGUAUUUCUAAACAAAUUAUAAAACGCAACUCUCUGUGUAUGCCAUUACAGUUAUAACUAAUGCAUUAAACUAUAUAAUGUAAUGAAACACUGUACGUCUGUUGAUAACUAUACAAAGGGUAUCAUAAUGCAUGUUACAAUGCUUAUUUGUGAAUAUCGUAAUGCUUUCUCUUGCUCUCAGUCUCUUCGUAUACUAGGGGUUCCAGCUGUCCCGCCCUGCACUGCCUGCCGUACGACCACGCCACCGCCAGGGGCUAUGGCCAGUCAGAUGAUUUUUUAUUUUCCACUUGGUAUCGCUGUCCUCUGAAGAUUCUCGUCAGAUUUUCUUGUUAAUGUGAGUGGGAUUGAAGACGAAAAGUUUGGGUUUCCGUUGGUAGAUGUGAAUGAAGAGCUGCCUUAUUUUUUUGUUUCACAUUUCCUUCCUUUGGAUCAGAUCCGAUGGUUAGUACAACUCACAGGUUCGUCUUCUGUCCCAGUGUCGAAUGGUUAUUGGCAUUCAUAUUAUAUCAUAUUAAUUCCCAAGUGAAUCGUAGUCCUAUAGUUGGUUUUGUUAAUAUUAUUCCUCUAUCUGAAAAUAAAGGCCCUUUGAGUAAAA